CCUCUUCCCCUUUUUUAAAUUCAAAAAUUCCUACUUAAAUUCCUACUCUACAUUCUCACACCUAAUCUGCUUGAGUGCUUGAAGAGUUAAUCCAAAUCUACCUACCUUGGUCUUCACUCAAAGAACAAGAGUUGCAUCCUUAAUAUCAAAUCCAGCUAUUCUCCACCCCACAACUCUUCAACUCAAUUAUUUUCUAUUCUCUCACUCAGCUCUUGAAAAUGUCUUUACAAGUUCAGCCACUUCAGCAGCAACAGCAACCAGUUCAGGUCUAUCCAACUAGUGUCACAUACCAAUCACCACCUCACCAUUCAAAUGGGUCAUUUGGGUCAGUAUUUGUUGUGUUGGCUAUAAUAAUAGUCAUUUCUGCAGUUGCAUGUUGUCUUGGAAGGCUUUGCAACAGGCGGAGCCACAGCCACAGUCACAAUCAGAAACAAGUUAAGCAACAAAAGCCACAGAACCAUAACUAUCGUCCAAAAGAAGUGGACAUUGAAUUCGGGUUUGACAAAAGAAUCGCAGCUUCCAAGCCUUAUAAUGGACAUGGACAAGCACAUGGACAUGGAGCAAGCAGAGGAAUGAAGCCAAUUGCUCAUGCUGACAUGAAAACUUUUGAAAUGAAGCUUGGUCAUGAAGGAAAACUAAGAGCAGGUCCAUGAUGGAAUCAUG